AAUGAGUUGGUGAGGGAAGUGGGAGGUGGCAGGGAAUAUGGGAAUUGGGGAAACCUCCAGCAGUUCAUGCUGUGCUAUCUGCCUUCCUCAUUUGUCUGUUUUCUGAGUCAGCAUUAGCUAAAUUUUCCAGAAAGCAAUCCACAAAGUACAGCCUGGGCAUUUAAGGGACGUCACUCAUUUCCCCCAGUGACCAAGUCAGAAGCUUGAAAGCAGGGAAAUCCGGAUGUCUCAGUUAUGAAGUGGAACAGUGGGGCUCCAAUAUAUUUCCAGAAGUCUCCAUCCAGACUGGUGAUUGUCUGCUUCCAUUACAGCCACUGACCAUCCAGGGUGUUUCUCUGGCUCAGAAAGGGUUGGCAUAAUGGCCAAAUGCUUCAGCCUGGUGUUGCUUCUCGCCUCCAUCUGGACCACAAGGCUCCUGGUCACAUCUCUCCGUGUAGAAGAACUUUCCACCUCAGGGCCAUGCAGAAUUAUGGGGGUCACCCUUGUGAACAAAAGGGCAGCCCAGCAGCUGAAUUUUGCAGAAGCCCAGGAGGCCUGUAGGCUGAUGGGACUAACUUUGGCCAGUAAAGACCAGGUUGAAGCAGCAUGGAGGUUUGGCUUUGAGACUUGCAGCUAUGGAUGGGUUGCAGAUAAGUUCUUGGUCAUCCCUCGGAUUCUGCCGAACCCCAAGUGUGGGAAGAAUGGGACAGGUGUCCUGAUUUGGAGAAAUUCAGUCAGCAAAAAGUUUUUGGCCUACUGUUACAACUCAUCUGAUAUUUGGAUUAACUCAUGCCUUCCAGAAAUUAUCACCACCAACGAUCCCAUAUUCAAUAGUGAAGAGACAACAUACACAACGGAAACUGUCAGUGACAGUGCAUACUCCGCUUCAGCUACUGAUGUACCUUACUCUGCUACUCCUACUCUUGCUCCUACUUCUGCUCGGGCUUCCACUUCUACUAAACGGAAAAGAAAAUUGAUUUGUGUAACAGAAGGUUUUAUGGAAACUAGCACCAUAGCUACAGCAACAGAAACUGAGUCAUAUAUCGAAAAUAAAGCAGCAUUCAAGAAUGGGGCCAUUGGGUUUGGAGGUGUCCCCACGGCUCUACUAGUGCUCGCACUCCUCUUCUUUGCAGCUGCAGCUGGUCUGGCAAUUUGCUACGUCAAAAGGUAUGUGAAGAACUUUCCUUUUACAAACAAGAAUCAGCAGAAGGAAAUGAUUGAAACCAAAGUAGUAAAGGAGGAGAAGGCUGAUGAUAGCAACUCUAAUGAGGAAUCAAAGAAAACUGAUAAAAAGCCAGAAGAGCCCAAGAGUCCACCUAAAACUACAGUACGAUGCCUGGAAGCUGAAGUUUAGAAGAGAAAGAAAGGAGAGGACACACCAAGGUUGAUUUCUUUCCUGAUACAUAUCCUGGCCCCAGAUGAGGAAACUUAAAGGGCUGAAGAACCAAACAAGAAAGUCCACCCUUGGUUCCUAAAUGGAAUCAACUCAGGGCUACCUUUGGACUAUGGAGUUCACCAAAUGAAAUUCCCUUUUUCUUACUGCAAUCCUUUCUGGAUCCUAUCCUCCUACCUCCAAAGCUUCCGACAGCCUUUCUAGCCUGGCUAUGUCCUAAUAUCUCUGUGGGAGAAAGGAGCUUCGCAAAGCACAGGGACCUAAAACAGCUAAUCAGAACACAUUUAUAAAGAGGCUUCUUGGUUGGCUGAGAAUAGGUGAGUUGAAAACCAAGAAACCACCUAGACCAAGGCUUUCUCUAUUGAUUCCACAGGCCAGAUCCUUUCUUCACUCUGGAAACGUAAUACACAUCAUCUGGCAUGCUCUUCUGAGCCAGGCAAGAACAAAAGAAGGAAAGAAAAGUUCAGCAGCUAAAGGCCAGGGAGAUUCCCAUGAUUUGAGACCUGAUCUCUGUAAAGCCAAAAUAAGUAGAGAAAAAAGAAUGAGGCCAAGGAUGUUGCCAGCAUAUUGUCAGCAGGGACUAUAACAACAGAUAGGGUCAAAGUAGUCAUCUUUAAAUAAUCUGAGUUGGAAUCACUUUUUAGAAUACACACACACUUUUCUUUUCUUUUUCUUGCUGCUUUUUCCUCUAGAAGUAUACACUUUUAUAAGGAACCAAAACAAAUCUAUUAUAAUUUUUUACUUUUAUUGAGUUUUAUCUGAGAAAUUACUGAGGAAAAUUACUGUGUUAAAAAGCAGUAAAAUUUGACAAACAUUUAUUGAAUAUGUCAGGUGCUGGGUAAGGUAUUACAUUCUAUAAUUGAAUGUUAUUUAUCAAAAACUUGUAUACAGUAAAGUGUAUGAAGCUAAUUUUUUCAGUUUUGAUACCCCUAGCUUAUCUUCUUGCAAAACUAAUUUUUUAUUAAGACUCAUCUAUUCAUUAUUUUCUCUAACAUGGCAGCCAUUAUAACCUUAAUUUAUUAUUAACAUACCUAAAAAGUACAUUAUUACCUCUAUACACUGAAGCACAUUUUUUAAAUGUCAUUAACAAAUGUAUCACCAGCUCUCCUUUUUCAGCAAAAAAAUCCCAAGAGAUACGGAGAUAUUUGUGUCAAAAAAAUAAAAGUAUUCAGAAAAUUUCUUUGCUCUCUUAUUUACAUAGAUACAUUAUACGUUUCACACAAAAUUGAAGUAAUCUGUUUUUUGCAAAACAAAAGAGGGACAAUUUUGGUUUUUGAAAAACAAAUAUUUAUAAAACACGUAGGACAUAUAUCACCAUAUGGGGCUAUUCUUGCUUCAAGUGGUCUUAUUUUAAGUCAGUCAAGUAACACACACAUAAACAGUCCUUUACUUAGCAUUUGGGUCCUACAUUACAAUCCAUUUCAGAGUUCACAGGGAGCUGAGGAUGCAGGAGUGUUAUUUGUCCUAUUUCUCUAGCUUUCUCUUUCCCUCUCUGGUUUUCCCUUUUGGACCACUAACAUCAUCUUCCCCUCACCAGUGACACCACAGCUAGCUAGCCCCAUGAUCCUUUAGGCUCACAGGCGAUGAACUGCUGUCACAGUCUUUUGCAGUUGGCCCACAGAGUAUUAUCUUAAAUUUUGGCUUAGUUGCCAAGAAUGAAAAAUCAAAGGGUGCCUGCCUGGUUCAAUCAGUAGAGCAUGUGACUCUUGAUCUCGGGGUUGUGAG